AUGAUAGGAGUGGAAGAAAAUUUAAAAUAAAAAAGAGAAUCAUUUCGGUUUUAAAUUAGAAAAUAGAACCUGAGCAAAGAAUUUGAAAAAAAAAGAAUCAUCGAAGUAAAUAGAGUUGAAAACAACAAUUUUAAUUCAAAAAAUGAUCAAAUUUUAGAUUAAAUUAGAUAAAUAACAGAGAGAUCUAUGGAUUUGGAAUCUGUAUAAUAAUGCAUAUGUUUAAUUUUAAAACAUCAAAACACUAAGGAUAUUCUCAAAAAAACAUCAUUCCUGAAGGAUAUCAUAGUUAACCAAUUUUGUUCAAGAUAAUUUAAUGAAUAUACAUUGGUAGAUUAUCUCAGAUAUUUUGAUUGCUAAUUGCUUUUUGAUGAAGUGGCAUAUUUAUAUAUAAAGCAACAUGAAAAAUAGUUUAUGUUGACAAUUUCUUCAAUUUUAACUACCAAGAAUUAUUUAAAUCUAGCAAUCCUUGAAUUAAUUAUUAACAUUCUCUAAUCCUUAAUAAUUGACGACAUGUCUACAGUUAAAUUUUAUUUAACUUAAGAAGGUUAUGACUUUUUGGUAUAAUUUUAAAAAAUAGUUGAAUAUGAUGAGUUUCAGGUUUUGCGAACUAAUUUGAUCGAGUUUUAUUAUCAUGUGAUUAGAUUUUAUAGAAAUGAAAAUGUUUCAGAAAAUGAACUAAAUAUUUUGAAUAAUUUUUACUUUUCUGCUUUAAAUUUGAAGAAUCCUAAUGAAUAUUCAAAUUUAUUAUUCUUGUAUCUUAAAUCAGGAAAAAUGUAAUUGAAAUUACUUGAAAUGGAAAAUUUUGAUAUUUCAAAAAUAGAAUAAUUACCAUCCUAUUUAGCAAAUCUUAUAAAAUUAAGUUUUCUGAAAAAUGAAACAGAUUUGGAAUGCUCAAAAUAUUAUAUUGUCAAAAUAUUGGGACAUCUAUUUCGAUCUUUCCAACAACUUCAUAAUCCAAUUGAUAUUUUGAUUAAUAUGGGGUUGAUUGAAGUCUUAAUGAGGUUGAUAAAUGAGAGUUCUUGUAUAAAAACAUAAGGUUUGCUAAUUUUAAAAGAUAUUCUUGAUUCUGUACUUGAAAUUGACGAGUUGAUGAAUUUAAUAAGUCUAAAAUGUUAAUUUGAACAAUAAUAAACAACAAUAAUUUAAUGGCUAAUUGAUAGCGUCAAGUAUUAAGAAUAAAAUCAUAUAUAAAUUAUAUUGGAUGCCAUUGACAUCAUAUUACAAAGAGCAACCAUCAAUUAUAAAAUGGAACUCAUUAAUUAAGGGCUGUUAGAAAAACUUAUGGAUUUGAUUUAAAUGGACAUUGAUGUUCAGAUAUAAAUUCAGAUUAUAAUUGUUUUAGAAACUAUCAUUUCAGAGGGUGCAGAUAUUCCAGCAGAAUUUUUAUAGCUCUUAUUAAAAUCACCCAUAUGUAAGGCUUUAGAAUCAGUCAGCAAAAAGACAAAAAAUAAAAGCCUGUUUAUGUAAAUUGAUCAAUUCUUUACAAUAUUUGAAAAUAAUUUUAUGAACUUGUUCACAUGA